AUGGAUCGAUGGUUCGAUGGAUCGGUGGUUCGAUGGUUCGAUGGAUCGAUGGAUCCGUGGUUCGAUGGUUUGAUGGAUCGAUGGUUCGGUGGAUCGCUGGUUCGAUGGUUCGAUGGAUCGCUGGUUCGAUGUUGGUCAUUUUUGGGAGACUUACUUAAGGCAAUUUGAAUUCGCUGACCACAAGUUAUGAAGACGAAGCUUGGAUUUGGCGCCAUUUUUCAGAAUCCUUUCAUUUCUGUUCGCGAGUGUUUGUGAUCGCCUUUGUAUAUUGCUUUGUUUUGGUAUUAAUUCUAAAGUCUUCGUUUUGUUUGUGUACAAGAAAGUUCAAUUGACUCUUUCUACACAUAUUGCAUCGCCGCUUAUGUGUGACUGAGGAUUUUCGUCCCUUGUCGAGGUGAGUCAGCCGGAGGAUAAAGACACUGGAAAAUGGGUAUAUUCCACUAACAAAGAAAGCACAGUGUAAUGCAAAAUUUUGAAAAAAUGUGGAGUGAACAUUACCUAGUUUAAAGCUCUCACUUUUUUUUUCUAUAUGACCUUCCUUCGCGAUUUAUUUUUGGACUUUGAACAUCAUACUCAUAAAAUGGAACAUACACUGUAAAUUAACGAGCUUAUACAAUUCACAUUGAAAGAAAAUAAUGAAGUACUAAAGCUUAAGCUUAAAUUACUUUCUGUUUUCUUUAAGUUAUGCAUUACUAUUCCUGAAGGCGAAAGUGAUUGUUUCUGAUCGCCUUAAUUGUUUCACUGCUCAAAAUACACUAUGCACUCUACGUAUUGCACUGCGAAUGUGAAAGUGAAUCUUUAUAAUACAAUGCACGCGACAUGCGUUUAUCAGUCAUUUACUCAUUGAAAACAGAAAAUCAAAAAUACUUUCUUCUCCACUGUCCAUUUUUGGUACAAGCUAUGAAAAAUAAAUAGAUAAAUAUAUUAAUACGUUUAUAAUUUAUUAUUAAUAGUGCUUUUUAUUUUUCUUCAUAGGAUAUGGAGGAGAUAAACACCAUAGAUGACCUAGUAUUGUAACUUACCAAUUUGAAGUUGCCUUGGGAUGAGUUUCGUCCAAAUGAAGGCACCAACUGGCUGAAUGUCUUUGCUCGCAGCCAUGGGACAACCAAGGAAUUGACCCUUUUAGGAAUUUUACCUACAGUGGGCGCUCUCCUUGGCAAAACCGAGUUGAAGCUGUUUUCAACUCAAAAGGAGAGGGGUACAACAGAUAUUUCAUCCCACUCUCAAACAAAACCAUUUUUGUUAUUUUCCCCUAGUAUUCACUGCAUGAUAUUAACUUCCUGUAAUUUUGCUUUGGUUAAUCAAUUCCAGACUUCCAACCUAAAAGAUGGAGCACACCCCAUUAGAACUGGUGUUGCUGCAGAAGAAGUCAAACAAAGGGUGGUUCAAACUAAAGGCAUGUUUGCCACGGCAAAGCGCAUUUAUACAAGUUUCUCUUCGAUUCGACGCCCCUCUGCCGACUUUGUUGUACAGCAAUUCAAGGAAAUGGAAAAGGAGGGCCUUGGUGUGCUGAGAAAUACACACCGCUCAACAAUUUUCUUCAAAAAGCUUCCAGAGUUUCUUAUCCAUGAAGAAUAUAAACUGGGAAAACAUAACAUCACAGUAGAUGAGUACAGAAAACUACUUGCAGAGGUUGAUGAGUUUUACGAUGAACGCCAACGUGCAGAGGUGAUGAAACCUUAUCCUUGGAAAGAUGAUGCCCUAAGAUAUCACUACAUUGAUCCAGAACCAACAGUAGAGGGGUAA